CAUCCUUUACGAUCUCUCUUCGUACAGUGGACAAUGUUACAGUUAUGAUUAAACCAAGACCCAGUGCUCCACCAAGCUGUCAGAUUCGUGUUAAAAACAUCAGCAGGUCUGAACUCAAGAUAAAGCCUGGGGACAACAUGACUUUUACCUUCACUUGUCGUACUCCAGAGAAGUAUUUCAUCAUGGAAAUUGAGAAAAAUAUUGACUGUGUGUCAGGCCUGUGUCCCUUCGGAGAUGUUCAUCUUUACCCACCGGGACUACCUCGCCUUAACAGGACUUUCAUCUGGGACGUGAAGGCGAGCACAAAGGCUGGGCUUGAACUGAAAUUUACCCCAUGGCUGAAACAGGUUGAGCCAGGAGAGAUGUGCCCGGAUUUCCUCAGCUACAACAUCAACAGCUAUAUCGAUAAGGCCACGGUCAACAUUGGCACCUUCUGCAGGAAUGGCUCAGUGUCUCGCGUCAAGCUGUUGGGAGGAGUUAUCAUGUCUCUGCACCUCCCAUGGAACUCGCCUCUCACCACCUCGGGCUUCAACAUAGCUAACAGGGCUUCCAUAAAACGGUUAUGCAUUAUUGAAUCCAUUUUGAAGGAGGAGUCUUCAAUCACCCUGAUGUCCCCAAACUACCCACUGGGCUUUCCAGAAGAUGAGCUCAUGACAUGGCAGUUCGUGGUUCCUUCCAACAUGAGAGCAAGCGUGUUUUUCCACAACUACAGCCUCUCUAACUGCGAAAGGAAAGAGGAGAGGGUGGAGUAUUAUAUCCCUGGCUCCCCCAGCAACCCAGAGGUGUUCAAGCUGAGCGACAGCCAGCCUGCCAAUAUCGCUGGCACCUUCAACCUGUCCCUGCAGGGCUGUGAUCAGGAUGCCCAGAACCCAGGCAUCCUCCGCUUGCUCUUCCAAGUCGUUGUUCAGCACCCACAGGUCGAUGAGAAUGUCACCCAUUUGGUUGACCUGAGCAAGGAGUGGAACACGACUGUGAUGAUACACUUUGAAGGGUGGCCCAUCCGUGCCCCGCUCAUGUCUGAACCUAUAUGCCUCAUCUGUAAGGAUCCUCGCACCUGUGACCGCACAUUGACGUUAGUGUCUGGUGCCAUCUACAAGAUCUCCUUUCUGUGCAAGGACUUGUCCCGGCUGAGGAUCACAGCUGAAAAAGGCAUAAGCUGUGUUGAUCUUCGAUGGUGUCAGAGGAAGAUCUAUUCCCUUUCGGUGCCCAAGGCUAUCACCCAGCUGCCAAUUCGACUGUAUAAGUUUAUUUGGAAGCUCUUGGCUCCUGAUCUGAUCAACAUAGAAAUUACAUCUCCGUCCUUGAAACUUCAGCAACACGUCCCAGAGCAGAGGUGCAACACGAGCUACAGUUACAGCAUUGUCAGUGCCACCCCAGAGACCGAGUUGAAUGUUGGUGUAUUCUGUCCUGGUGGAUCCAUUGAAAAGAUUCAGAUGAGGAAUAAUAUCACCAUAUCUUUAAAAACAUUUGGUAAAGGAAUCCUCAAUGAGUCUAACCAUCAGGAUCUGAAAAUGUCUUUUGUGCCUCAUAUUAAAGAUGAGUGCACCUUCACUGUGAGUCCAGAUCCAAAAGCCAAAGUUUACUUGCAGACUCCCAACUGGCCUUAUGGUCUCCCUCCUUAUGUCUCCAUAUCCUGGUACGUCCUUGUGCCCAGCAAGCAAGUUGCCCGCCUCGGGUUCUCCAAGGACCGCAUGGGCAUUGUGUGUGAGACAGGCCGUGCCUAUGUCAACAUAAAGGAAGAGACAUCAGGGGCAGAGGAGAUCGUGCGCCGUGAGGAUGAACUGCUGCCCCAGCCCCGAAAUAUGUAUCACAACUUCUGGGUCAACAUCUCAAACUGUAAACCUGUGGAGAGGACGCAGCUGACCUUGCAGUUCCAGGUGACUUCUGCUGACAAGCAGAUAGACCUAGGAGUGAUACUUGCUGUGGUGGCCGGGGCUGGAGUUCUCAUGGCUAUUGGACUGACCGUGUGCUGUGUUAAGAAGAAGAAGAAGAAAAGCCAGGAUCCCAUGGUGGGAGUGUACAAUCCUAAUGUGAAUACCCAGAUGCCUGGAAAACAAGGCUUAUUCACAAAAGGGAGGAAAAACAACGAAUCUCAUGUCUAUGCAGUUAUUGAUGAUGCUAUGGUCUAUGGGCACUUGCUGAAGGAAUCCAAUGGCUCAGUCAGUCCAGAAGUUGAUGUGUACCGGCCUUUUGAUGGACCCAUUGGUAGCUUGCCACCUUCUCCACCUCCAUUUUCCUUCAGAAAAGACAUUAAAUGCUCUUCUAACACCGAGGACCCUUCACCUCUGACAGGCACGGACCAUGACACUUACAUGUUUGCUCAUCAGCAAUCAGGGCAAUCAGAGGACAAUGGAGAUACAAAUGAAGAGAAGAAUGGAGAAACCAGCACAUCCUUGCUGGAAAACAAGGAACAGGAUGGUUCAGAGGAGUAA